AUGGACGUGGACGUGGACGUGGACGUGAACGUGGAGGUGGACGUGGACAUGGACCUGGACGUGGACGUGGACUUGGACGUGGACAUGGACGUGGACAUGGACGUGGACGUGGACGUGGACGUGGACGUGGACGUGGACGUGGACAUGGUCGUGGACGUGGACGUGGACGUGGACGUGCACGUGGACGUGCACGUGGACGUGGACGUGGACAUGGACGUGGACGUGGACGUGGACGUGGACGUGGACGUGGACGAGGAAGUGGACGUGGACGUGGACGUGGACGUGGACAUGGACGUGGACGUGGACGUGGACAUGGACGUGGACGUGGAGGACGUGGACGUGGACUGGGACGUGGACGUGGAGGACGUGGACGUGGAGGACGUGGACAUGGACGUGGAGGACUUGGACGUGGACAUGGACGUGGACGUGGACGUGGACAUGGACGUGGACAGGGACAUGGAGGUGGACAUGGACGUGGACGUGGACGUGGACGUGGACGUGGACCUGGACGUGGACGUGGACAUGGACGUGGACCUGGACGUGGACGUGGACGUGGACGUGGAUGUGUACGUGGACGUGGACGUGGACAUGGACGUGGAGGUGGACGUGGACGUGGAGGUGGACAUGGACGUGGACAUGGACGUGGACAUGGACGUGGACGUGGACAUGGACAUGGACGUGGACGUGGACAUGGACGUGGACAUGGACGUGGACAUGGACGUGGACAUGGACAUGGACAUAGACGUGGACGUGGACUUGGACGUUGACAUGGACGUGGACAUGGACGUGGACAUGGACGUGGACGUGGACAUGGACGUGGAGGUGGACAUGGACGUGGACGUGGACGUGGACGUGGACAUGGACGUGGACAUGGACGUGGACAUGGACAUGGACGUGGACGUGGACGUGGACGUGGACAUGGUCGUGGACGUGGACGUGGACGUGGACGUGGACGUGGACAUGGACGUGGAGAUGGACGUGGACAUGGACUUGGACAUGGACGUGGACGUGGACUUGGACGUGGACCAGAUGGACGUGGACAUGGACGUGGACAUGGACGUGGACAUAGACAUGGAUGCGGACGUGGACUUGGACGUGGACAUGGACGUGGACGUGGACGUGGAGGUGGACAUGGACGUGGACAUGGACGUGGACGUUGACGUGGACGUGGACCUGGACGUGGACGUGGACGUGGACGUGGACCUGGACGUGGACAUGGACGUGGACGUGGACAUGGACGUGGACGUGGACGUGGACGUGGACAUGGACGUGGACAUGGACGUGGACAUGGACGUGGACGUGGACAUUGACGUGGACGUGGACAUGGACGUGGACGUGGACGUGGACGUGGACGUGGACCUGGACGUGGACGUGGACGUGGACGUGGACGUGGGCGUUGACGUGGGCAUGGACGUGGACGUGGACGUGGACGUGGACGUGGACGUGGACAUGGACGUGGACGUGGACGUGGACGUGGACGUGGACAUGGACGUGGACGUGGACAUGGACGUGGACGUGGACGUGGACGUGAACGUGGACGUGGACGUGGACGUGGACCGUGGACCUGCUCUGGACGUGGACGUGGACGUGGAUGUGGACGUGGACGUGGACAUGGACGUGGACUUGGACAUGGACGUGGACGUGGACGUGGACAUGGACGUGGACGUGGAGGACGUGGACGUGGACGGGGACGUGGACGUGGAGGACGUGGACGUGGAGGACGUGGACGUGGACGUGGAGGACUUGGACAUGGACAUGGACGUGGACGUGGACGUGGACAUGGACGUGGACAGGGACAUGGAGGUGGACAUGGACGUGGACGUGGACGUGGACGUGGACGUGGACGUGGACCUGGACGUGGACGUGGACGUGGACGUGGACGUGGACGUGGACGUGGAUGUGGACGUGGACGUGGACAUGGACAUGGACGUGGACAUGGACAUGGACAUAGACGUGGACGUGGACUUGGACGUGGACAUGGACGUGGACAUGGACGUGGACAUGGACGUGGACAUGGACGUGGACGUGGAGGUGGACAUGGACGUGGACGUGGACGUGGACGUGAAUGUGGACAUGGACGUGGACAUGGACGUGGACAUGGACAUGGACGUGGACGUGGACAUGAUCGUGGACGUGGACGUGGACGUGGACGUGGACAUGGACGUGGACAUGGACGUGGACAUGGACUUGGACAUGGACGUGGACGUGGACUUGGACGUGGACCAGAUGGACGUGGACAUGGACGUGGACAUGGACGUGGACAUAGACAUGGACGUGGACGUGGACUUGGACAUGGACAUGGACGUGGACUUGGACGUGGAGGUGGACAUGGACGUGGACAUGGACGUGGACGUGGACGAGUGGACGUGGAC